ACACUGAUUAUUGUGAUACGAAUUAUUUCGGUGAAGAAUUGUUUCCCUAAUCGACUCAAAAUGACCGAAGCACUUGAAGCAGUACCCCUGGUUAAAAUCAGUCCCCAGGGGAUUUUUAAAUAUAUUCUAAUCAAUGUCGCUGACGGCGAUUCGAUCAAGACUGUAGUUCGCGGCUUUGACGAUUGCGAGUGGCAUGCCGACAUUUUUGAACGGGAGGAGACGAUUUUCAUGGCAUCCAAGCUCAAAGCCGAAUGCAUUGGAGGUGGACGCAUCGAACACGAUCCUGAGAAGAAGUAUAUGAAGGUGUACGGGUACUCUCAGGGAUUUGGAAAAGCGGACCAUAGUCAGAGCAAACGAAUCUUGGAAACAAAGUACCCGGACUACAAAAUCGAAAUCUCUGAUGAUGGGUACUAGCGGCUCUAGUGGGCCGUGACAUUUGUGAGCAGAGCAAUAAAAGUGUUGAUUUUUCAUGAAAAAUCAGUCUUCCUCUAGUUGUGUCUCCGUUUGUUCUAAAUUUUUUGGCAUCCAAAUUAUUUAAAUUUUUCUAAAAACAAAAAAAAAAUAUAUUGUACUCUUUAGAAUAUGAAAUUGUUAAAGAAACUUGUCCUGCUUCCACGAUGUGUUCUCCCUUUGC